AUGAGCAGUAUCUUCAUAACUGGAGUCACUGGCUUCAUCGGUGGUGAUGUUCUCUAUGGUCUCACUCAAAAAUUGACAAGCUCCAAGAUUGUCGCGCUUGUGCGGAAUCAAAGCCAAGCUGCUGCAGUUACCGGGAAGUUCCCCACCGUGACACCACUACUUGGGGAUUUGGACUCGAGCGUGGAGAUCAGGCAAGCGGCCUCCCAGGCCGAUGUUGUCCUUCAUUUGGCAAGUUCAAGCCACGAAACCAGCGCCAAGGCCAUCGCUGAAGGGCUUUCCAUCAGCAGACAGGAAAGUCCAACUUGGAUUCAGAUUGCCGGCGCCAGUAUGCUAGCCGGCUCGGAAAUUCAGACCAAGACAUUUGGCCAGCCUGGAUCGAAGGUCUACAAUGACCUGCAAGGAAUCUCUGAGAUCCAUGGGAUUCUUGAUAAAUCCCCAAAUCGCGUUGUUGAUCACCUCGUUCGUGGUCUGGCUUCUAGCAACCCGCGUGCUCGUUCAGCAAUCGUAUACGGGCCUCUCAUUUAUGGCAAGGGCAGAGGCCCCGUCAACCAACGCAGUAUUCAAAUUCCACACCUCGCCCAAGCAUCUCUUCAAGCCGGUCGUGGUCUUCAUGUGGGCCGUGGCCUCAAUACCUGGAACACGAUUCACGUCGCGGACCUGACGAACCUGUUCGUUCAGUUAGCUUGUGAGGCAUCCAAGGCCAAGGAUCCGCAGUUGUGGAACGAAAACGGUGUCUAUUUCGCCGAGUCAGGAAAAAUUACAUUCGGAGACAUCGCGAAGAAAAUUUCCACAUUCGCCUAUUCCCAAGGCUUCAUCAAGUCCCCUGAAGUGGCUCAGAUUGAUGCUGCAACUGCGGACAGACUCACACCUCACGGCUCGGUGAUUUGGGGGACAAAUGCCCGGUACCAAGCAAUCCGGGCUCGGGAACUCCUUGGGUGGUUCCCGGAACAAUACGGAAUUGAUGAAGAGAUCCCACGGGUGGUUUUGUCUGAGGCGGCGUCGCAGCGCGCAAGACCGGCGGAGAAGUUGGCUUAG